CGACUGUGCGGGGAUUUCCGUCGCCGUUCCAGGAACAUGAAAGUGAAAGCGAUGCUCACAUUGGCCCCGGCUCCACACCCCGAGCCGAACCCCGCUCCUACCCACCGCUCCUGCAGACCCGGACAGAGACAGAGACGGAGACAGGGACAGGGAGACAGGGACAGGGAGAGAGACAGACCGAGAGAGAGAGACAGAGAGAGGGAGAGGGAGAGGGACAGAGACAGAGACAGAGACAGAGACAGGAUGGACGCCCCCGGUGCCUUGCUCCGCAUCGCCUUCAUCAUCGCCAUCGGCUACCCUCCAGCUCAGUGCGGGCCCUCAGUGCCAGAGUCGGGGGUACUGGUGGAGUGCACCUUCGUGGAGGAGUCCAAGGGCAAAGGCAAACCCUCCGGCUCGGUGGAACAGACGGAGGCCGUCCUGGUGGUCCGCAGUCUCAACUCCCUCAAGGAGGGGGCAGCGGCCUCUGACCUCACCCUGCCCCCCCACCUCAACCCUGGCAUGGUCCUCGAUGUCUUUGAUGACUCUGGAGUUUUGGCGUACGAGGGCUUUGUUCAGCCCCCGGGGGGGUCUAACGAGAAGCUGGCUUGUGAGCUGAACCGCUACCUGCCCCAGGAGGGGGGGGUGAGCUGGGCAUCGGACCUGGCCCCGGACCACCGGACCCCUGCCUACCCUGCCCACCACUGGCUCAGCUCCCACAUCGAGGCUUCCGAUGGGUUGUUCAGCGUGGCCAGCCUCCACAGGGUGGUCUCCGCACCCCCAGCGGAGGUGGUGGGGGGUGGGGGCUGCGGAGAGGGGGACAUCAAAUGCAGGGCGGACCAGGAGGAGUUGCCCACCCACCACCGAACCUCAGUGAUGUUGAACGUGUUUACCCGUGUGCGUUACGUGCGUGCUGGGCUGGGCAGCACCGUGAGGCUAGACUGUGGCUUCACGGUGGAGCGGGCACUGCCGGUGGCCGUGGAGUGGCGCUACCAGUACCAGGGCAGUGGGCGGCUGGUGUACGCCUACAGCGCGGAGCAGGACAGGGUGCAUGCGGCGCAGGAGGGCGCACACAUGCAGCUCGACCUGCUGCACAGCCACAAUAAUGCAUCGCUGCUGCUGCAGAACGUGCAGCUUCAGCAUGAGGGGACCUACAUCUGUGCCGUCUACCUCCCCGGCCUGCAGGCUCAGAUACCCGUCACCCUGGAGAUCGCAGAGCCCCCGCGUGUGGCGCUGAGCCCGUCUCCCCUCUACGUCUCCGCCGGACAAUCCCAGGACGUUGUGUGCGAGGCGAGCGGCUACUACCCGCUGGACGUGACGGUGACCUGGUGGCGCCGGGCGGCCGGAGACGCCACUGCCCGGCCGCUGACCCACAGCUGGCAGCUGGGGCACCAGAGGAACCACGACGGCACUUUCAACGUGACUAGCGGCGUCCAGGUGCGUCCCGGCGCGGCCGAUCACGGAGCCGUCUACACCUGUCACGUGGAACACCUGGCCCUGGCUGGAGCUGUCCGGAGGGACAUCACACUGAUGGUGGCAGGAGCGUCGGGACCCAAGAUGGAGGACGCCAUGGGACUUCUCCUCUGCGCCUUCAUCCUCUACGGGGCCCUCAAGAUGUUUCACCAAUGGUUCUUUCCCCAAGUGAACCAGCCCAGAGUGAACUCCGAAGAAGAUCUCAAG